CAUACAUAACAUAACAUAAUUCAAAUCCCUCUUCUAUAUAUUCAUUCAACUCUCAAUUUCUAAUUUCAAGAGUGAAAUAAGAGAAAAACAUGGGCGAGCAGAAGGUGGAAGCAGCAGCCCCAAAACCAGAAGGUGAGAAGAAGCCGGCGGCUGCCGUAGCUCCGGCAGCCGUGCCGGCAGUCGUGGACGGCGGAGCGAAGAAAGAAGACGGUGGCGCAAUCACCGCCAUAUACAAAAUCGACAUGCAUUGCGAAGGGUGUGCUAAAAAGAUCAAACGAGCUGUUCAACAUGUCAAAGAUGUGAUAACUGUGAAGACGGAUUGUGGAACGAAUAAGUUAACUGUUAUAGGGAAAAUGGACGUUUUAGCAGUUAAAGAGAAACUAGAGCUGAAAACCAAGAAGAAGGUGGAGCUUAUCUCCCCUCAGCCGAAAAAGGACGGCGGCGCCGGCGAGAAGAAGGCGGAGGAAAAGAAGCCGGAACAGAACAAGACACCAGAAGAAAAACCAAAAGAGAGCACUGUGGAUUUAAAGAUCCGGCUGCAUUGUGAAGGUUGCAUUCAAAAAAUCCGCAGAAUCAUCUUGAAAAUCAACGGUGUUCAAUCGGUGAAUUUGGACGGCGGCAAGGAUUUGGUCACCGUUAAGGGAACCAUGGAUGUGAAGCAGCUGCAGCCUUAUCUUAAAGACAAGCUCAAAAGAACCGUGGAAAUUGUUGUCCCUCCCAAAAAGGAGGAGCCCGCCGCCGAAAAGAAAAAGGAGGAUCCUCCCGCCGCCGCAGCGGUUGGCGGCGAAAAAAAGAAAGAAGAAGGCGGUGGUGAGAAAAAGGAAAAAGAAGGCGGUGGGGGUGAAAAGAAAGAGAAGGAAGCUGGAGGGGGCGAAGCGAAACCGACUCCACCACCCGCUGCCGCCGAGGGCGGCGUGAAAUCGGCGGAGGUGGUGAACAAAUUGGCAUAUUACGGUGGAUAUCCGUACGAACCACUGUACUACGAGGCGCCGAUGCAGUACCAUAGCUACUCAAUGGAAGCUAACCCGAGUUACUACAACCCUAACCAUGGUUACAUAGAGAAUAGAUACGACGCCGUUCCGAUAGGCGAUUACUACCCUCAGCACAUGCAGCAGCCGCACGAUCAGCCGCAGAUGUUCAGCAACGAGAAUCCCAACGCCUGUUCCGUCAUGUGAGAUUCCAAUCAACGGCUGAGAUGUCAUCAUAAAAAAAAAACCCAUAAUCUGUAAAUAUUUAUAUAUAUAACGAUCUCACCGGGAAAAAAAUGGAUCUUUGGGAGUGAACCGGACCGUUAUCCGGUCCGGUUCAGCUUUGGUGGUGUUUGUUUGGUUGGGUGGGGUUGGUGGGUGGGGGGUCAUUUUCGUAGUUUCGUUUCAACCUGGGGAAAUUUUGUGUUGUAAUUUAUGGAUUUAAUAAAUGAAUAAAUAAUGACAAUAAAUAGAA